GCGUCAUAACAUUUACAUUUUAUUUUGUUGAUAGAUGGAUAGAUCGGACUUCUCGGUUUUUGCGUCCGGGAUAUGGAUCUCUUGUGUUGGCGUGAAUCCGAGAGACUCCCCUUGACUCUCCAGCUGAAAUAGAGUACAUUUGGAAAAUUCUUAAAGACGGAAGUGAGCAGUCCUGCUUUCCGACCAGGGCGGCUGUGAACGCUGCGCAUGUAUGUCCGUUUUUGAAUGUCUAUUUACGUGUGUUCUAUAUGCCUAUGAGUUAUUCCCGAAGAUAGUUCAGAGCUUUCAUUUGCCUCUGAGUCUAUCACGCUGCGGUAUGGCAGCGGCAGCAGAAGCGCCAGAGGACCGGAGCAGCGGCGCACAGGGAGCGCUAACAGGUGACGGGGAACCUGAGGAGGCCGAGGAGUUCACCUGCUCGGCCUACUGCUCGGAGCUCUCCCGGAGGCAGAACGAGCAGAGGAAGUCGGGGCUGUUCUGUGACGUGACACUGGUCUUCAGCUCCUGUGGGGUGUCUGAGGAGAGGGUCCAGACCUUAACCGCCCACCGCUCAGUGUUAUCCGCGGCGUCGCAGUACUUCACGCUGCUGCUGGGCGGACAGUUUUCAGAGUCUCUGUCGGGGCGAGUGGAGCUCAAAGGAUGGAGCUCGUCAACGGGACCCGACCCAGAAACUGUUGAAAGUGUCCUACAGUUCAUGUACACUGGACAAAUCGGGGUAACCACUGCAAAUGUGCAUGAAGUGUUGGAACUUGCCGACAGGUUCCUGUUGGCGCAGCUGAAGAACUUCUGCGGAGAGUUUCUGAUGAAGAAGGUGAACUUAUCCAACUGUGUAGCAGUGCACAGCCUCGCCCACAUGUACACCUUGGACCAGCUGGCCCAGGGAGCUGCCAAGACGAUUAGAAGAAACUUCCACAAAAUAAUCCGCAACGAGGAAUUCUUCACGCUGCCAUUUCACCUGGUACGGGACUGGCUGUCAGACUCAGGAAUCACUGUGGAUUCUGAACAGGAGUUGUUUGAGGCCAUAGUAAAAUGGGUGCACCAAAACGCAGAGGAGAGAGAGAAGUAUUUUGACGAGCUGUUCAGACUUUUAAGGCUGCCUCAGAUUUCUCCUACUUACCUGACACAGGUGGUGAGAAAAGAACCCUUUGUGGCAAACAAUGCAGCUUGUCAGCAGCUGGUCUCUGACGCCCUUGAGGUCCACGCUGUUCACUUCGAGAACCUCAAGUCAGCUGAUUUAGAGCUCUGUGCGUCCUACAUGGCAGCGAUGCAGCCCCGUCUUGGCCAGAACAUGGAUGUAAUCAUGGUGGUGGGUGGUGUUUCAGAAGGUGGAGACUAUCUGAGUGAGUGUGUGGGCUACUUUGUUGCUGAGGACCGUUGGGUAAACCUGCCACACAUUCACAACCACCUUGACGGACAUGCCAUCGCAGUCAGUGACAGCCAUGUCUAUGUGGCAGGCUCCAUGGAGCCAGGCUUCGCCAAGACGGUGGAGCGCUUCAACCCCAGCCUCAACACCUGGGAGCAGGUCAGCAGCCUGACCACCCGCAAGCACUCCUUCGGCCUCACGUGUGUCAAAGAUUUACUCUACAGCAUCGGUGGUCAUGGCAACUUCAGUCCAGGCUUUAAGGAUGUUACUGUCUACGAGCCUGAGCAGGAUGAGUGGCACAAUCUCGAGCCAGCACCGAAGAUACUACGAGAUGUAAAAACGGUAAGCGUGGAGGACCGGUACAUAUACGUGAUGGCCAGGACUCCUGUAGACAUGGACAAUGAGGAUGGACUGAGCACUGUGACCACCUGCUACGAUACAGAGAGUCACAAGUGGCAGGAAGUGGAGUCCUUACCGCUUAUCGAUAAUUACUGUAGUUUUCAAAUGGCUGUUGCAUCCACCAACUUCUACCACACAGCUUCUUGUUGUGCAAAGAGCUACAAGGUAACAGCUGAGGCCGCUCAGCAGAAAAUAAGCAGAAAUAUCUCUGACGACAUCCUCGACAGUCUCCCUCCAGAGGUCCUCAGCAUGGAAGGUACUGCUGUUUGCUACCUGGGUGAAGACAUAUUCAUCAUUGGCGGGUGGAGGAACUGCAACAACAUGGACAAGCAGUACCGCAAGGAGGCCUACAGUUACUGUGCUGAGAGGAAGCGCUGGAUGCUGCUGCCACCCCUACCUCAGCCACGUUGCAGAGCCGCAGCCUGCCACGUUCGCAUCCCAUACCAUUAUCUUCGCGGCUGCCAGCACUACCCCAUGCCCCAGAACCUGGCUCGCCAGCGAGACCGCAUGCAACAGAUGCAGCAGCUCCAUCGCCGCACGCUCACUUUGCGCAGACAGCUGCAGUCUCAAAUCGAAUGUUGAGAGCUUUGUCUUGUUAGCACUUAAUCUACUGAUCAACGCCUUGUUGUUACCUCAAAACUUUGAUCUUAUUUUUUUGCCUUUUUAUUUAGGUGAAAUGUCUGCAUGGGCUAACUGGGGCUGGUUAAAAUAAAAAAAAGAAUUAGCCAGACAUGCUACUAGUAAAUUGAUUACAUUAUAAUUUGGGCCUUACAUUUAUUAACGUAUGUCUUUUAUUCUGCUUGUAAAUGAAACUGUGAUUUCUGUGACAUUGUCUGGUAAGAUUGUUGAUUUCAUUUCUAAACCACUUAGCUUAGCUUUUUAAAUGUGGUCUGUGUUAACACCCAAUGAUGUUAGCAUAUGUUGUGGUGCAAGUUAGAAUAAAAGUGAGGUCAAGUUCAGUGUUGGGAUGUCAACGUAGCACAGUAAAUUAUGUGUGUUUAUUGUGAUGUAAGUUGGAAAAACAAGGAUAAAUUACUGUAACAACCUGAGCUGAGCUUUAACUUUUUACUCCCCACUACUUGCAUCUAAUUUCUCUUCUACCUCCAGUGUCUGUCAUGCUUUUUUGCACUGUGGGGGUUGAAAUAUCUAAAUGUUGAACUAUGUUGUUUGCCCCACUUAAAAACAGACAAUCAUGUAUCAGAAUUUUUGUAGCAAGAUCUAAGUAUUGAGCCAAGCACAUAUUGGGGAAAGUAUAGUGUUCAGUGAUUAUGUUUCCCCCUCAUUAAAACAAGCUCCCACUUAUAGUGUUGGACUAAAAUAUGUGCACUACUUCACCAUUCCAAUGGAUGUGUAUGAAUGUUUGAUUUAUCUAUUUCAAAGUUGUUGCAUAGCUUGAAAAAUAAACCACCAUAAUAAUGA